AUUUAAUUGAUAAGGUAAGUUUGAGUCAUUCACAAAUAAUCAAUAUUUUUAGAAACAAUACUAUUCAUACAAAUGUCAAAUAGCAAAAAGGAGUUUUCAUAAGGUGACAAUUCAAACUUUAAUACUAUACAAAAUUAAUCUUUUUUAUUAAACCUAUAAAUAACUGAAGUUAUUGACACCCUUAAAUUAAGUAAAGUUAAAAUGGAUUGUAACAUGAUAGAGUGAGUUAUAUCCUAUUGUUUGGAUAGCGAGGUAUACUUUAGUUUCCCUGAGAAAACGCGGAACUAGAAUGAUUAUAAUAGCAAUAUUUAGCAGACAGAAAACAGUAUUGCACCGUUUUUCUAUCAUUUAAAGAAAUCAUUAUGUAUUUUUCUUGUUCGAAUCAUCGAAAGUUUAGCGGAGUCUGAGCAACUAUCUCGGAGAGUUUGAGAACAGGAGGACCCAUAGAACUCUAACAACAACCUUAUUAUUUGGAAAACUGACACUUGUCAAUUAAAUUUGAGGAAUAAUUUUGCAUUGAAUCUGCCAUAAAACUUCGAUCAUGCAUGUGUUUUUUUUCUCCUCUCCGUUCUCUCCAACUAUCGAAUUCAAAACGGAGGUUCCAACUUGCAGAUUAUUCUUGAGUAAAAAGUAGAAGAAAAUGGGAAGCCCACCUGUGAGCUCAGACAUAUCGUUUCCACCAGCAGACAUUGAUCGGGAACUCGAUCCUGCAUCUGGCAAUAAUCAUCUUCAAGUAGAUCCAGAAUCAUCAGAGCUGGCUGCCAAAAAAAACUCCAGGGAGCAAGCUAAGGCGAAAGAAGAGAAAAAGGAAGGGAAAAAGAAGGAUGGUUUGCAAACACUAAAAUCAGCCAUUAUUGUUUCAGGCAUAAUUGUGGCUGUGGCAGGUGUUGCCUUUGCCGUAACCAAGAAGUUAAGAGAGAAAUGAGUCUUUAUUUAAAGGAAAAAUACAGUAUUUUGAUAUAUAUAAUUUUUUUUACAUUUAUUUAAUACUAUUUUUCUUCAUUUUUUUUCUUUAAAAAACUACAAAAAUUAUUUUUUUUAAAUUAUUUUAUCUUUGUUAGAUAUGUCUAGUGUGUGUCAUACCAUCUUUAUUAUCCCUAUGUAAGAAAUGUGGAGAUUACAGUGUAUAGACAUGGUCUUAGGUUGUUUUUCUUGGUCGAGUACCCUUUAUAUAUAAUUUUUUUAUUUAACUUAAUAAAUCCU